AUGUCAGCUGCCGAUACAGGAGGAAUUGGUAGCGUCUCUUCGCUUGUCGAGGAUGCAACUAAAGAGGAAUUCCUGUUUAUGCUUCUUCCUCUUUUGAUCCCGACGUUGGUGUACGGCUUUCUAAUGGUGUUGUUCCUUGCAUCCACGUGGCUUUUAUGCCGACGCGGACCUACGACGCGAGCAACGGUAUUCAUGCUGGUAGUGACAGUGAUGAUGUUUUGCAUCUCGACAUGCGCCUGGGUCCUGAGGCUCGUCCGAGCUCGCGUCGUCAUCCGAACAAAUAUCGUAGAUGCUAUCAAAGACAUAGCAUUGGCAUAUCCCUCUAUACAGGAUCCUCUUACGAAUGAGUUGGACAAGCUAUCAUCCGUCUCUUAUUUCUGGGACCCAGUCAAUCCUAUUUGGUCCCAUCUGGGUCUCGGAAAUUUCAUCUUGAACGACGUUAUCGCUGUGUGGAGGGCUUGGGUGGUUUCCGCAGCGAGCCAGAGGGCCAGAAAAUGGAUCCUUGUCACCAGUGGUGCGACGUUCAUGUUAGAGCUGUCGCUGUUGAUCUAUACUGCGGUUCUUCCGCCUUCUGGUGGCCCCACAGUUUAUUUCAAUGGGAUUUCGGAUACACUGGUCUAUUUCUUGAGGGAGUUAGCCCGAUGUGUUUCUCUAUUUACCAACGCUUGGACAACAUUGGUUAUCGGACGAAAAGCAUGGCAGCAUCGGACCCUUUUGAAAAGCGUUAGGCAUCCUCUUCUUCGUUCGACCCCUGCCAUGAGAGUGUUGGUAGUCCUGGUAGAGUCAGGCGGGAUUUACUGUGUCAUUUGGUCCGUCUAUAUUGCUUCUUGGACCGAGCAACUUACGAAUCGCGCUCGAGCUGAAGGCGUUCUGAGCCUCUUCGCUAUCUACCCCGAGUUAAUGAUCCAUCUUGCAGCCAUCUACCCGACCGUUAUUAUCAUCUUGGUGUCCCUCAAAAUAACCUUCGGAGAGGUCAUUUCAGCGAAUUACGCCAAUUCCGAGCUGUCUGCCAUCGUUUUCGACCCAACGAACGAACUCGGACGGCCAGGCCCCUCGAAUCGUGCUGGAUCGAGUGGUGCCGUGGGCGAUACGCUGUACCCUUCGUCUUCGAGCCAAGAUUCAGAUACGAGUCCAGGAGCGUCCCAUCUAACUUACUCCGGGGAUUUCUCCCGUAACGGUUCAUUGGAGGGAGAGAAGAUCGACAUGCCCUUGGACUCGACGAUUGAUGUGGGUAAUAGUCGUUUGGAUUCGGGAAAGGAAUCUUUAUGUUGA